AUGGAGCCGGCCCAGGCGGCUGCCGGAGGAGACCGAGCCGGGGCCGCGUUCCCGAUGGAGCCCUUGGGGCGCCAGGUGCCCGGGCCGGAGCCGCCGCAGGUCCCCGCGGAGGAGCGACGGCCCGAGAGUCCCGAGAGCAGCCCGAGUCCGGCCCGGGCCGCAAGGCAGGCGGCGGGUGCGGCCCAGGACCGCUCCGGCGGGAAGCAGGUGCCGUCGCCGCGUCCCGCGCGCCUGCGGCUCCCGCCCCCCGGCCUGGGCUACGGCGCCUUCCGCCGCCAGGCGUCCGCGGGCUCCGAGCCGCCGUCGCCCGGCCCCGCCGCGGCCGAGCAGUCCCGGGCGGGCGAGGCGCCGGGGCCCCAGCCGGUGCCGGGGGAGCCGCCGGGCGCCUGGGCCCCGGUGGAGCUGCAGGUGGACGUGCGCGUGAAGUCCGUGGGCGCGGCGGGGGGCAGCCGCGCGCCCUCGCCCGCGCCGUCCACGCGCUUCCUCACCGUGCCGGUGCCCGAGUCCCCCGCCUGCCCGCGCCGCGCCUUCCCCGCGCCCCCGCUCCUGCAGCGGCCGCCGGCCCGGCCCGAGCGCGGCCCCGACGCCGAGCCCCCGGGCGCCCCCCAGGGCCGCGGCCGCUGCCGGGAGCCGGGGCCGCGCGGCAAGGAGGACGCCGCGCUGCUGCCGGGCGCCGACGAGAAGCUGCCCCGGGCCGUGGAGCUCGUAGGGCUGCCUGUGUACAUGAAGUCCCUGCGCUGGGCCCUGGCGGUCAUGGCUGUGUUUCUGGCCGUGUCCGCAGUCGCCAUUGUGGCUCUGGCUUCUAGAGCAGGGGCCAGGUGCCAGCCGUGCCCCCAGGGCUGGAUGUGGUCCGAGGAGCACUGCUACUACCUCUCCACUGAAGCUCAGGCCUGGGAGGCCAGCCAGGCCUUCUGCUCGACUCACCAUGCUACCCUCCCGCUGCUGAGCCACACCCAGGACUUCCUGAGCAGAUACCCAGUCAGCAAGCACUCCUGGGUGGGAGCCCGGCGAGGCCGCCACGGCUGGCACUGGAUCGACGGGGCCCCAGUAUCACCCCAGCUACUCCCAGAGGACGAUGAGGACCGGCUGGAUCCCCAGUGCGGAGGCCUGGAGGAGGGCAAGCUCGUGGCCCUGGACUGCGCCUCGCCAAGACCGUGGGUCUGUGCCAAGGGGGCCAAGUGACCUGGGGGCUGGCGCCCGGGGGCAGCCAGGUGGCCGGCUGGGGCGGCCUCCUGCUGGACCCAGGCUUCCAGGUCUCCCUGCCCGGCGCCCGCGGGGCCCUUCCUGAGCGGCGGGGGGCCGGUCCUGACGCGGGCAGGUCGCGUCCAAGGGCAAGGCGGCUUUCCAGGCCCUGAGCUUAGUGUCCAGCUUCUGAGGCGGAUUUGUUGAGUUACCCGGGGAUGGUUUUUUAGCAUUUUGAGCCGAUGUUUCUCCCUCAUUAAAGUGGCUGUUUCCUA